CUUCAAAAAGCUGGGGUGUCGUUGCGCAUGCUCAUUGUUAUAACAUGAGAGAGAGGGGGGGGAAAGCAUAUUGAGAUCCCUCUCGCAGUGCGCAUGGCCAAUGCCAGUGUGAUUGAUGUUGGUUUGGCGUAUGUGCCCGAGCUCCCCGGACACAAUCAGCUGCAGCUCGUAUAAUACUGAAAGUGCAGCGGCACCGAGAACUUUCAGAACAGGCUGGGGGAGAGAGGGAGAGAGAUAGGAGAGCCUGUUCUUGCUGCCUCGACAGAGUUAUCAAAAAAUGUCAGCGAAUAAACCCAAGAAAGUGAAAAUGGCCACCAAAUCAUGCCCUGAUUGCGACCAACAGAUCCCCGUAGCUUGCAAGUCCUGUCCCUGUGGUUAUGUGUUCAUUAGCCGAAAACUCCUCAAUGCCAAACUAAAUGAGAGAUCACCGCCAGCUCUAGACAAAUUGGAUGCCAAGAGAAGAAGGACAGAGCGCAUCCGCAGAGAAAAGAUCAACUCCAGCUCCACUAAUGACAUGGAGAACAGACGGCGCUCGCGCUCCAAUAGCCAAUCAGAACAGAUUCGCAGAGGACGGGGUCGGCCGAAAACCACAGGGCUGAAGAAGCAGGAGGAAGAGAAAGAAAAGCAAGAGAAGGAGGUGGAUAUCUAUGCCAACCUGUCAGACGAGAAGGCCUUCGUAUUCUCCGUGGCCCUGGCUGAAAUCAACCGCAAGAUCCUCGGCCAGAGACUCAUCCUGUAGUGGCCAUGCCCCGAGACGAGGCGAGGGGAAGGACUAACUUUAACUGACUGACAGGUGACACUCAGGAGCCCAUGCCCCUCAAGAGACCCAGGAGGAUAACCUCUUCACCAGUCUGGAGGGAAGAGGCGGAGAGGGGUGGUCGGGGUGGGGAGGGAGACGGACAUUUUUAAAAAAACAACCUCAGACCUGCUCUUGACAGUGGGAGCCACUUAGAUUGGUUGAUCCCUCGGGUGUUGCCUGGGUAACCGAAUAAUACAGACACCUGUUCUGUUCUUCUGCUCUGUGUGAGGAAGAAGAAAAAAACCCACAACUAAACAACAACGAGGUAGAAGUUACCAACCACUAGCGGGAGUACAAAUGGAAGCAAAAGCUUCUUUGGGACUCUGCAAAAAGUCUCCAUAUUUAUCUUUUAAUCAGAUGUAAUCAGCUAUGGGACACAGUAUGCUGAGGGAGGGUCCAUUGUCACCCCGUGGUCUAGUGAAGCGCAAGCUGCUCGUGGGAGCCGGUUGUGUUUACAAAGGGGACGCGGAUCACUAUGUCUGAGAUUCUGCUCUGGCCUCAUCCAGUCUGGUCCGAACUCUGCACUGGACUUCUCUGGUCUUGGUUGGACUGGACUCUGGACUGGGUCGCUCUGUUCUGGUCUUGUUUGGUCUGAUCUGGACUGGGUUGCUCUGGAACGGUUAUUCUGGCUGUAGUAGUCCAAGCUUUGCUGAUCUACUAAACCCGUCCUGGUAGAUACUACACAGACCUGUUCCAUUUUUUGGGGGGUACCAUUGUGUUUCUUUUAUUUAUUAUGUCUGUUUCACCCUAAUUUAAGUACCUAUUUUAUUAUUCUUUUUUUCUGUUUGUUUCUGUUUAGUAAAUGGCGGGGCAUAUCAAAUGUAGUGUUUGCUCUGUACAAUGACUGUAUUACUGUUAAAGGAAACAAAAAACCACUUGGAUUUUUUUAACGCAUGUAUUUUACAACCGGUUAGUUUUUGCCAUUCUUUUUGUUUUUCCCUUUUUGUUUUGCACUGUCUCUGUUGUUCAUUAAUAUAGAAAAUCAUAUCUACAGUAGGUCUACAGAUGGUUGCGCUCCAUUGAGCGUGUUUCAAAGUAAACGCUGACCCUUUUACACAUUAUGUAAGGGAACGAUUUCUGCAAUACAACCCAACUCAAAGCCCUCCAAUAUCCUCUCAGGUUUCCACGAAGAACAUUCAGCAGAUGGUUCAGAGACGUAACAAAAGAGGGCAAAUCACAGCAGGCUUCAUCACAACGCUGUAAACAAUAUUGUUGCUUUUGUGGUGGAUAAGGACACUUAAAAAAAAGAACAGUCUGCACAGUGACUGACCCCUUCUUUAGUUUUUAAUUUUUAUUUCUAAAAGAAACAUGGCGUGUACUGUAGUAGAAAUGUGUUUGCCAAAAACCACAGCCUCCACUGUGCUGGGCGAGGGCUGUUGUGGUGGAGAAGGGCAGAGCAGUAGCACCAUGCUGUGUGUGUGCUAUUGUGUGUGUGUGUGUGGGGUGGGGUGGGGUGGGGGACUAUUUGGCAGUGGUGUUGCUGAACUCUAACCCGCCAUAACCCCACCAACCCCCCUCCCCACUGCUCAUAUUGAAUCAUUCUAAAAUAAAGUAAUGAACUAUUAUUAUUCAUCUCUUAGACUCUUUCGUUUAGUGGUUUGAACUCAGCAGGUGGGAAGGAAACUGUGAAAAGAUUGCUUGCUCAGCCGUCCUCUUGUAUUUUAUAUUGAAUAAAUUGCAGAUUACAUAGA